AACGCAAAGGUCCAAAGGUCACCUUAUUAAUAGCCUCCGCUGAUUAAGAGUUUUGGAAAAUCGGUGCAUUAGUGAUACAGUGGCACAUCCAUUGGGUCAGCGAAUGUCGCAUUUGGAAUGGAAAUGGAAUUGGGAAUGGGCAUCGAAUGUUGGGGGCGAGUGGCAUUUCAGUAGCAUUUCAGUAGCAUUUCUCUUCGCAAUGACCCACAUUGGAGCCGUAUAAAUAGUAGCCGCAGGGCAGAGCAUUGUCAUCAGUGUCCGAGCUCAGCUCCCCCAUCCCACUUCGCUCCAUCGCCAAGUGCCAGUUAAACCCAAGUGGAACCGACAGCACUAUGAAGGUUUUCAUCUGCCUGAUUGCCUGCUUCAGCCUGGCCCAAUCCGGAUUCAUCGCAGGAGGCGGUGACGGUGGCUGGUCAUCCGGAGGAGGCGGCUGGUCAUCCGGCGGAGGUGGCUGGUCAUCCGGAGGAGGCGGCGGUGGCUGGUCAUCCGGAGGAGGCGCCGCCCCCACCAUCGUCAAGGUCAUCAGCGAAGAGGCCGGUCACGGUGGCGGCGGAUGGACCGGCGGAUGGGCUGCUCCCGAGGAGGUGAAGAUCGUCAAGGUGAUCAGCGAGGCUGGCCACUCCCACGGCCACGACCAUGGCCACAGUCACGGCCACAGCCACGGCUCUGAGGUCAAGAUCAUCAAGAUCUUCCAGGAGGAGGGUCACGGGCAUGGCCAUGGCCAUGGCUACGACUACUCCAGCGGCGGCCACGGCCACGCCCACCACGCCGAGGAUGUGAAGAUCAUCAAGGUGAUCAGCAGCGGAGUCGCCGAUGGCGGCAGCCACGGUGGUUGGUCCUCUGGCGGUGCUGGCUGGUCCUCCGGCGGUGGCUGGUCCUCCGGUGGCUCUGGAUGGAACUAAGCAGAUCCUAAGAUCCCAGGCAACCCAGACAAUCAAGCUGAUGUCAACUCCUUUGUUCCUGUUGUCGGAGUUGUGCGGCGACAUUGGCCUUUUUCGAUGCUCGAAGUUA